CAUUGUGCCGUUUACGGAAUACUACACCGCAGCAAUCGUAAUACCGAUGCAUGAUUUUAUCCAAUACAACCCCUCACAAAUUCUGUCGUUUAGAAAAUCGGCCCCUCUCUCCUCCCGGAGGGAUGCGCCUACCACGGCUCCCCCUCCUCCUGAAGAUCGCCGCCGCGGCCGCCGCCGGCGCAUUGGCGCUCAUCGCCGCGACGCGCCUGCGGAGAGAUGACGCCGUCUACUCCCUCCGCCGGGACAUCCGCGAGGCCGUCGCCGCCCUGACCUCCAGCAGCGACGAGGACGGCGACGGCGCGGACGGCGGCCAGGGAGACGGCGGCGACGCCCCGGCGCCGUCCGUGCUGAUCACGGGGUUCCGGGCCCACGGGAAGAGCUCGCUGGUGAACACGGCGUGCCGCGCGCUCGCGGCCGAGGAGGGUCCGCUGCUGCUGCGCGCGGAGGCGUCCCCGCCGGGCGGCGGGUCCGACGGCACCAGGAAGCGGCUGCUGGUGAAGGCGGUGGUUGCGGGGACGGACGGAGAAAUGGGGGCAGAUGAGGCGGUGGUGGAGCUUCUGGACGCGCCGCCGCUCCCCGAGGCCGCGAGGCUGACGAGGAAAGACAUCGACGGAGCGAUCGGCGAAGGGAACCCGGAGUGCGUGGUGCUGGUGCUGCGCUGCGACGCGCCCGGGAAGGAGAGGACCGCGGCCAUCAAACGCCUGCCGGAGAUCUCGGCCGCCGUCAGGGCGAAAGGGCUUAAUCUGAUCGUUGUGCUGACUUUUAAAAAGGCCAUGAGAUCAAUAAGGCAAGCUGAAGAGCUUCUAAGAGAGGUUUCAUUCAGGGCAAGAACAGAUUGUGUAUACUUCAUUGAGAACUACACAUGGAGCAACAAUGGCCCCAACCUCCUCCACCCUCCUGUCAUCAGGAACGACUUUGGGACGCAUUUCACCGUGCUGACAAUCAUUCGACAAUGUCUUGAGUUCAUCAAGCUAAACAGGAGUCAGUCGGAGGGCAAAGGAAAGAUCAAGCCAGCAGACUUGCCAGCAGAGAUCAACCAUAAAGUCCGAGAGGAAGAUGCUAAAACAGGCACCAAAGUUUGACGACUUGGCUGCAACUUCGUGAGGCAUUUCGACAGUUGUGCACACACUCGAUUAUCGCUGAUUUGCACAGGUACGAUAUUCUGCUGCAUAAUGUAUCCUUAGUACUGACAUAGUCUCACAACAUGUACAGACUACAGAGUGUAAACUCAUUAAAUAUGAUGUUAUAGGCCUGAUUAUUUGCCCGUGUGUUGUA